ACGGCUAACGGGUCGCGGCCCCAUUCAAGUGAAUGGGGCCGUGAAAAACGCGGUUGCACACCCGUUUGUCAUCCGCGUCCGCGCCCGCUCCGCGCACGUUUUAUUUCUUCUUAUGGCAUGGGCAAAUUGUCUGGCCAAACUUGUGGCAAUAAAUUGAAAAAAAAAAAGACAGGAAGUUUUAGGUGACAGGAUAUGCAAAUUUCUAGACAUCUGUGGUAAACAGCUUGUGUGAGGAGAAGCAGCCAUUGCAGGAGGAUUAUUAAUAUCAUCCACCAUGCCUCGCUGGGAUGUCGAAAAACUGAUUACACUCGUCCAGGAGAGGCCCGAGCUGUGGGAUACCCGGCAAAAUGCCUAUAGCGACAGAAUAAAAAAGGAUGCUUCGUGGGAGAAAGUGGCACGGAGCAUGCGGCGAAGUGAAUGGGCCAAGGCUGAUAGCCGAGGCCGGGCCGAAUUAGUGAAACAAACGAAAACCCGCUGGGCGAGCUGCCGGGACCAGUUCCGGCGGGAGCUGACCAGCAAAGGCCAGAGUGGGGAGGGAUCAUCAACCAAACGUGCCUAUAUUUAUACGGCCCAGUUACAGUUUCUGCGGCCAGUAAUGGAACUGAGGCCUACUGUGGACAGUCUGGAUCCCUCACAAGAUUCAGACACAUCGGCCAGUGAAGCCCCUGCAGGAUUUUCUCCCCAGGCAACUCCUUCGCCAACGCCGGCUGAGGACCCGGAGGACUCCACGCUGGCCGAGGACCCCCUACCACCUUGCAGUCCACCACGGAUUGUCCAGCCCCAGCCCAGACGGCGCCGCCAACUCCCUCCCUCUACCUCUGGGCCAGAGAGUCGGGAGGCUAUUGAUGCCCGCCUCAUAGAAUUUCUGGCCCAGAGGAGGAGUGAAGGAGUGGAGGAGAAAACAUUACGGGGCUUAGGACAGCUAUUGAGGCAUGUCACUCCUUUAGAGCAUCAUGAGUGCCUUGCGUCCUUAGCGGUCGUAUUUAAAAUGUUUGCUCUACCUAACCAUGGGGACAUUCUGGGCAAGCUAAAUGCCAUGAAAGUGGACAUUGAGAAUGCCGCACAGCAGCAAAGUGCCGGGCCAUUUGAAGUUGCGCCACAAGCAUCACAAGGUCCAGCAUACCACCCACAACCCCACUAUGGACUCCCCCAGGGCCCAAUGCAUCAAGUGGGUCAGCCCCUUUACCCGGGCAGUUUCACAUCUGGGGGACCUCAACAGGCCAAUGUCAGGCCACGGUCCACGUUUACUCCUGGAUCAUUUACUCAGGACCUUCUGAAUUUAUAAGCAUGUUUAUUUUUUUUUGUUACAAGCACUUUAUAUGUUUUUCCUUAAAAUGUUGGGGCCAUUGGCUUCCAGUUUAUUAUGUUUAGCUCAAUCUUCUACAUAAAUGUUGUUUGGGCCAAAAA